AUGUCUUUACUCACCAAUUACGAGGGGCUCCGGCAUCAGAUUGAGAGCCUUGUGCAGGAAAACGAGGAACUGAAGAAGCUGGUGCGGCUCAUUCGUGAGAAUCAUGAGCUCAAGUCGGCAAUCAAGACGCAGGCGGGUGGCCUGGGCAUCAGCGGGAUCACCGGUGGGCUUGGCGAGGCGGCAGCCGGCCCUUCUCAACGCCAGGGUAACUGUGUCUUCCUGCCCCCGUCUCCGACAGCAGCAAAUGAGCCCGUCCUGGAAGAAGCGGGGAUUGUAACCCUGGCACCCCUGGCCGACAUGCUAAACAGCCCGCAGGCCAGCCCCACAGCAGGCUCCAUCAUGAGCCCCCUGAUGGGCCCAUUCAGUGCACUGCUGCCCUGCCCAGGGCCCAUGUCACAGAACAGCCUGCUCGCCAGCCUCCUGACCAGCCCCUUGGCAGUGUCCACGGCGGGCACACUGGCCAGCUCCCUGGGCCUGCCCUCCACCGGCCCCCUAAUUCCAAGCAGUCACCUGACUGGCCCCAUGGCAGUGUCCCCAAGCAGCCCGUUGAUGGCCCCUAUCACAGGCACAAUGGACAUCUCUCUGAGCAGCCCCCUGCUCACCUCCACGGCUGCCCCUCUAGGCGUCUCUCAGAACCCUCUGGCCAACCCCAUGAGCAAUCUGGUGCUGUCAGAGGCCCCGAAGGUGCAGCUGGCAGAGCCACUCCACGGAUGCCCUUCGGGACCCCAUCUCUCAGCUGGCGUGGGGCCUGCUGCCACCUCCAAAGUACCGCUCUCCACCGAGCACCCCCAGCCAACCCAGGACCCGGAGCCCCUCAGCAUGACAUUUGUGGGUGCUCCCAUCCAGACCUCCACCCCUGUGGGCACAGUGGGCACGACUGGUCCCACAACGGCCUUCUCCUGUGGCACCUCAGAUGCCCAAACCCAGCCUGGUGCCCCCCAGGGACAAGCGGUUAUUGCCUCUGUCCCCACCUCCUCAGCUGCCUCCCAGACCGUCACAGUCCUCCCCUCUGCCCCCACUCCCGCCCCCAAAACUGCAACCAACUACACCUCAAGUACCACCCACAUUGCCCAGUGCACCCCCCACUCUCCCACCAGGGCACACCACUCCCCCACCAGGCCCUUGCCCACCUCCCACUCCCCUCCACGCAAUCCCCACUCCCCACCUCGAACCUCCUCCUCCCCGGCCUCUGUCAACGACACCCGUGGCCCACGGGUCACCGAAACAUCUCGAAAAAGCAUCCUGGAUUUGGAGCGGAAGCUGGCCCACCGCAAGACCAGCAAGUUCCCUGACAGCCACCGAGAGCCGAAGCCGCUGGCUUGGGAGAGGCUGGUGGGAGAGAUUGCCUUUCAGCUGGACCGCAGGAUCCUGUCGAGCGUCUUCCCCGAGCGCGUGCGCCUCUACGGCUUCACUGUCUCCAAUAUUCCCGAGAAGAUCAUCCAGGCCUCCCUGAACCCCAACGACCACAAGCUGGAUGAGGAGCUGUGCCAGGUGCUCACACAGCGCUACGUGAGCAUAAUGAACCGGCUGCAGAGCCUGGGCUACAACGGGCGGCUGCACCCAGCACUGACAGAGCAGCUGGUGAACGCCUACGGCAUCCUGCGGGAGCGGCCAGAGCUGGCUGCGUCGGAGGGCGGCUCCUACUCGAUGGAGUUCCUGCAGCGCGUGCUGGUGGAGACUGUGCACCCCAGUAUGCUCACAGACGCGCUGCUGCUGCUUUCCUGCCUCAGUCAGCUGGCACACGAUGAUGGCAAGCCCAUGUUCAUCUGGUGACGGCGGCCCGCCUGCCCACCCAGGCUGGCUCUGCUC